CGGGCACCGCCCACCCAGCGGAACCAGGCAGGGAACACAGGCUACAAGUGCUGCGGCUGGGUAAUAGCAGACUUUUUCCCCGAGCCUAGCGGACGCGACUGCUCCAGACUGCAGCUUCACUGGGUGGCCAAAGGAGGAGGAAACUUGCCUUCUCAUUUGAGGGAUUCUGUCACGGGAAUGUGUGAGUCCCUGGAUAAAUUUGGCUUGGUGACGGCAGUGUGCUCUCCCCAGAGAUUCUGCCACAUCCACCUUGCUCCUUUUCUGCCCUGACAUCUAACCCCUGUGACAACUGAGGAGAUUCGCCCCUUCCAUGAUCUUCUGCCCCCAGGUUCCCUUUCUCAUUUUUGCCCCUCUCAGGGGAACUGAGGAACUGAGGCCAAGGUGUCCUCAACCAGCCAUGGCUGUAAAGGAAACAGGGACCAGAGGACCAGGCCUCCCUUCUGAAUGGGUGUAGAUCCUGCCAGGUUUUUAUUUGUGUUGCCACUGGUAGAACAUUUGUAAAUUUCUGGGAGAAUUCUAACUAGCUCCCAUGGAGCUCCAGUCCCUGACUAAGAGGAACAGCCCAGUGGAGCUGUGCAGUGCUGUGGAGUGGAGCUCAGGAGAGGCUCCUGGUAAUCAUGCAGAAGAGGCAGCCAUCAGAGCUGCUCUUUGCUCCACACCGAGGACAUCUGUGGUCGAAGUGUCUAAACUUAGCCCUUCUCCAGCAUCUCCAACCUCCUUGCUCCAAGACAAUGAUAUUCUGACAAGUUUCUUCCCUUCAGGACCUUCCGACUCAAGGAACAACCAAAUAAUGGCAGAUCGUAAAGUUUGCAAUUGUUGCAGCCAGGAACUAGAAACUUCUUUCACUUAUGUGGAUGAGAAUGUCAACUUGGAACAAAGAAGUCAGAGGUCCCCAACAGCCAAAGGCAGUAAUCACCCUGGAGAUCUUGGAUGGGGAAACCAUAAUGAAUGGUCCCAGGAGGCUCCCAUGUCUUUGAUAUCUGAAGAUGAAGAUGAUACAAGUUCAGAAGCCACAUCUUCAGGAAAGUCCAUAGACUAUGGUUUCAUCAGCGCCAUCUUGUUCUUGGUCACUGGUAUCUUGUUGGUGAUCAUUUCUUACAUUGUCCCACGUGAGGUGACAGUGGAUCCCAACACAGUGGCAGCCCGGGAGAUGGAACGCCUAGAAAAGGAGAGUGCCAGGCUAGGUGCACACCUGGACCGCUGUGUGAUUGCUGGCCUCUGCCUCCUCACACUGGGGGGAGUCGUUCUCUCAUGCUUGCUAAUGAUGUCUAUGUGGAAGGGGGAACUCUAUCGUCGAAAUAGAUUCGCCUCCUCCAAAGAGUCUGCCAAACUCUAUGGUUCUUUCAACUUCAGGGUGAAGACUAGCACUAAUGAAAACUCCCUUGAACUGUCCCUGGUAGAGGAAGAUGCCCUUGCUGUACAGAGUUAAUUCUGAACUUUGUGAGAGACAGCCAUGUGUUUUAUAUGAAAAAAAAUAAGACAACUGUGUACUUCAUUUGUUUGGCAAGAAAAGCUUUUUAGCUUUGUUUUGUUAGCUUUUUGCUUUGUUUUUGUUUUUGUUUUUUUCCCCACAAACUAAAAGCUAGUGAGUGUUUUGUCUCCAGGAAUCUUGUAUUAAGAAAGCUUAUGUAAGUUGGAAAAUAAACCAUGGCCAGCUACCCUUGACUUACAAAUUGGAAACUAAUUUGCCAGUAAUGAUCAGGAGUUUCUACUUCUAUAGCAAAAUACUUCCACGGACGAAAUAUACAAGAGGUUUUGGGACUCCUGCAUAAUGGGAUCACUUGGUGAUCUAGUCUGUGAAACAUAAGCACUAGUUAAAUAGUAUGGCUUACAUUUAAUUCCCAAGGGUGCUUUUCCAUUUUCUUGUUAAAUUUUCUUCCUGUAAUUUGGCUAAACACUAAAAUGUAGACUUUGAAAGUGUGAAUAUUUUGAAACUUAAGAAUGUUGGUUAUUUUCUUAAAGUUAUAAAAUAUUUUAUUUUAAAUUAUUGCUAUAUUUAGGAAUGACAGCUAUGUCAUGAAUAUGUAUCAUCUAAUAAAGAAAAUGAUACAAAUCAUCUUCAGACCCACAUGCGGCUAGCUAAGCAUCAGCAGUAGGUAUUUUCCUUCCUCCUCAAUGAAGUAGAAAUGUUUGUUAAUACAUAUUGUCUCCUGCUUGUGGAUUUGCAUUCAGCCUGAUGACCUGUACCAUUGAAAUCUUUAGUACUUCUUUUAUAUGUAUGGGAAAACAUAUUUUUAAAAUAUAUCUCCUGGCAGCCCAACAUCUACAUGGGUCUGAUUCACAGUGUUCCUGGCAGUCUUCCAGGUGACAUGUGGAGAAAACCUCCAGCAUAAUCACAGCUAGACUCUUGAAAACUAUGUCUAGCAUAAGCCAUUACUUAAAGGGUCCCUAAUUAAGCUUAUACCCAAAUCUUACACUGGAGAGAGAAAAACUAAACCCAACAAUUUAGUGGGAGUUGUGUUCAGCACUAGUCCUGAUUCUUCUUGACAAGGUCUAAACAUCAUUCUGAGAAUCUUCUACAUUGGGCCCUUACAGACCAUGUUCUUGCCUCAUAAAGUGCAAAUGUCUAGUUUACGGGAGGUCCUGUGGGAAAGGUGGUCAGGAAAGGGAUGGGAAAUGCAGCCUAAGAAAGAUCUUGAAUUGCACUGAUGUUCCUUGAAAUGGCCCCACCCUCCCACAUAGGUGUUUUCAUUAGUAUGCUACAAAGACAAGUGAGUUCAUUCUUUAAGAGGACUGGAGCCAGGAAAGGGUAUGAGUGAGGGGAUGAGCUAGUAAAUAAGGUAUUUCAUUGGAGAUUCUUAAGUCCACCUAAAUCUAGUGAAGACAUAUGUGUUGCUAUUGAGGAUUUUGGAUGAACUGUAUGAGUUAGUGUAUCUAUACGAAUGAGCUCUUGUGGAUAUCAGAACAAUUUGUUGAGUUAAAGGAAAAUGCAGUAAGGGAAGGUGAGAUAGGGAUGGCAGUCAUGUCAUAGAAUUCCUAGGUAAAAAUAAAAAAAAGUGUGGAAUCUAUAUAGCCCCAUUGCCUCACCUUGCAAAAUAAAGGACUUGACCAUGAAGUACUGGCUUACUGAGCCACAAAGUACUAGAAAGAACUUUCAUUUUGUUUGCUGUAGCUGUUCCUUUGUGUUUGUUUUUCUGAUUCUCAUGCCAUCCCGGCUAAAGGUACAUUCCCAGAAGUUUAAAAUUUACCUUCUAGAGGUAUAUUCAGUUUUGAUUGCUAGUCUGCUUGAGGACUUUGGCAAUGUUGAAGUAAGAAGGGAAUAAUGUACUUAUGAGUGAGUAGCUAUGAGAUGUGUUCAAAUUGUAACAACAAAACUUGUAAAAUAGAAUUUAAGCCCAUUUAAAGCCAGGCCUGGUAAGCCAGGCCUGGAUCCCAUUACUUGGGAGGCUGAAACAAGGUCAAUGAAAGGUCAUGGCUAGCUUGGACUACAUAGUAAGUUUCAGAACAUAAUAUGGAGUAAGAUUUCAUUUCAAAACAUCAGAAUAUAAUAAAAUAUUUGUGUUUAUAUGAGAUCUCUGAAUUGUUUUUAAUUAUUUGUAAACCAUAAUUAAUUAGUUGCAUAGCAAAUGAAACAGACCCAGUUUAUGAUCCAAUUUUCAGCUAUUAAUGAGUUUGAAAAUUGAACAUGAAGGCUGUAUUUUCAAACCUCUAAAACUGAUGAUAAAGGAGAAAAAAGUCAGUUCUUCAUGUAGGAAAGUUAAUGAACUCACUGUGCAGCUAAAUCAUAUAGGUAUACUCUAAAGGCAGCAUUUUUUAAAGUCCCAUUUCAUAAAAGAAGAUUUUAAAUGAAAAGUUGGCAAAUGUUUGUUUCUGCAUUAACCAAAACUGCUCAAACAGAGAACAUGACACUUAAAGUUUCUGCUGAUAUGAGGGAAGGGACCAAUUCAGAAAAUCACCCCGAUGAUUCCUUUAGGUUAUGCUGAUGUAAUUCUGAUAAUUGCCUUAAUCCACUUUCCUCCAGGUAGUCUGUGUGUUGCCCUCACCCAUUCUGUUAGUGCCUGACUUUGAGAUUACUUGAAUUUAAAGUGAAAUUAAGGAAUGACAAGGCUCAGGGGUACAGCACUUGCCUGAGUCGAUCCCUCAGCAGUGCAAGAAAAUGAUAAAGAUAAAGGUAACACAGGCGAAGAAAAUUUCUGAACUUUCUGCACUGUUGGUUUCAGUAUGAUACAGAGUGGUUUGGGUACUAGGAUUGCUUUGGCCUGAUCAUGUGAGAAACCAGACACUGACUGAGGCCUACGCUUUGACCCUGGAACUUUCUCAGGUUUCCUGGAUAUGGUGCCCAUUGUUGUCUGUGGAAGCUGCGUUAAGCUUCCUAACAUUACUAAUAAACGACUCUGUUGUGGGCGUUAGAAAUGGCUGCCGAGGUGGCGUAGUUUUCUUUGCAAGGCUGUUUCUGUGGCAGCCAUUUGAAGCACCUGACACAAGCAUGCAAUGUGAUGUGCUGGUCAUUCAUGUGAAGCUGUGUUUUCUCCAGGCUACUUACUAGAUAUCUGAUUUAUGAGUUAGAAGACUAGAGGGUACCUAGGAACCAUCAAGUUCUCUUUGGCCAGGGGUGUUUUCACCCAAGUUAGUGCUAAGUCCCUGAAUUCUGUAAAACCCAGAUAACUUUCCUUGGUAUCUUUCACUUAAAAUAUCUGAGCCCAUCCUGUCCCUUUUUAAAAAAUCUGUUUUGAGGCCUGAUUUUACCAGGGAACUAGCAUAUAUCUUUUGAGGUACAAAUGUAAACAAACAAAGUGCCCUACUAAUUUUUUGCGCCUUUCUUUCCUUUGCCCCUAGAGUGAAGUCAAAAAAGUAAAAUUGUAACAUGAUGAUCAAAUAUCAGGAAUUAAGGAUUGGAAUACAUCUAUAUAUUUUUGCUUACUAUUAAAUUUCUUUACAAUAAGAAAGCAUUCUAAUCAAUUACACAUAAAUAUUCGGGCCUUCAUCUCACAAGUGUACACCCUAUUAUCUGGAUAAUGUAACUCUUAUCUGGAUUAAUGGUCAGAUCAAAAGAGAAAAUCUCUGUGUAUCUAUUAGAAGAUUUUUCAGUCUGAACAUUUCAUUCUUCUGCAGCAACUCAAGCUAUCACAGAAAUGUGUGCUGACAAAGGGAUUCACAGUGCUUGUCAGUGGUUCCCUGGUGGCAGCAAGAUAUGAUACCAUCUGCUGGAUCUGACUGCACCAAAGGAUGAGACACAACCUUACAGCUUCCUGGAAUUCCUUUAGCUUUUAUAAAAUUGGGCAUAAACAAUGACCAUGAUGAGAAGAAUUAAAAAGAAGUCUCAAUGUGUUUUUCUCAGCACCCGGGAACUCAUAAGACAGAUAAUUAACAGUUUUCCCUCUCAGACUAUUUUCAGCUAUAUCAUUUUAUGGUCUGUACAUUAUUCUAUAAAAUCUCUCCUUUAGCUUUUAUGGGCAUACAACUUUGGAAUUAAUUUGCCUGACUAACAUCAAUACUGUCAAGGGGAAGGCGCUACUGCAAACACACAGAAUUGCUUUCAAAAAUUUGUGACUUAACUUAAAAGCAUACUCAUGGCUUUUGUUAAGUUUGCAGGCUGAUGUGUUCAAACCUGUAUAUAUGUUAGGGUAUGUUUUAUAGGUACAGAACUUUAAUAUCCCUAAGCUAGUCUUAGGCUAAUCUAUUGGAAUUUGGCAUGCCUUAAAGUUAAUUUUUGUGAACAAGAAGUCUUUCACAGGUAAUAAUAAAGAAUUUGGAAUCAACAUUAAAAUUAGGUGCUGUAAGUACAUAAACCUUUUUAUAUUUGUUUAGAGUCCCAGAAAUGUUUUUGAUUCAUUUUUAACCUUGCGGUUACAAGCUCAUAAGUGUGUGGAGUAUUUAUAAAUUAUUUUACCUUGAAUUAUAAUUUUCCUACCUAGAAAUGUAAACAGCAUUGUUCAUAGCACCAAAGUUGAGUGACUCCCCUGUGGCUCAGAAACAGCUAGUCUAACUUCCCAUUGCUGUCUGAUUACUUCCUACAGGCUGAAAAAAAAAAAAAAAAAAAAAAAAAAAAAAAAUUGAAUAUGAAGGCAAAGAUGGAUUAUUUCGCUGCUGUGUAUUUCUCUGUGAUUCAUUUCUGGCUUUUCCAUCUACUUUUCUUGCCAAAUCAAAGUAAUUGAUGUCGAUUGUGUGGUUUUUGAUAUUAUAAAGGGCAAUUGUGGAAGAUUAUGGGCUUUUCCUCAUGGCUUUGAUGCCUUAUAUGUCAAUAGUGUGUCCUUAUCAUGUUAAAAUAAAAAACAUUUAUUGAGAUGUUUUUAGUGUGUUUAACUUUUAUUGAAGUCUAAUAUAGUGCGUACUUGGUUUUUUAAAAUUAUCUUUUUAAAUUAUCCAUGUACAAGAAAAAAAUAAAAGUAAUAUUUACACCCAACUCAAGUG